GUAUUUGAUUGUUUGGAUGCAGAAAGAAAUAUAAUAUAAAUACAUCUAAAAUGAUGUCCGGACACCCUUCUACUAUUAGUGCCGAUCGUUAUUUUAAACAGCCAAAAACAUACACCAGGGAGGAUUGGGGAGCCAGACCAGCAAAAAGAAAGGUUUUGAUGAGGACUCCCGUCAUAUACCUUGUGUUUAAGAAAAUAGAUACAGAAAACUGCUUUACAAAAGAGCACUGUGCACAAAUUAUAAAAGAUUUACAAGAUGAUGACAUGGACCGCAAAGGAUUACCAGACAUACAAUACAACUUUUUGAUUGGGUCAGAUGGGUCCAUUUUUGAAGGAAGAGGUUGGUACACGGCACCUGAGCCUUUUCCAAGGAACAAAUAUCAAAUUUUACAUCAGCUAAAUAUUAGAGCUUGCUUUAUAGGCAUGCUUGGAGAAAAUGAAGAGGUAAGAGACACCGUAGAACAAGAGUUUGCAGUCAUUCAUCUCAUAGGAGAUGGUGUAGAAAAGAAAACGAUUCAUGAGAACUCCCAGUACAUGAUGUGGGAAGAAAUAGGAUAUCAAAGAUCCAGUCCUUACGAUGAUGAUCCAGCAUGAACAUUUGCUUUUAAUUACAGACUGUAUAUAAGUAAUUAGGAAGUAAAACUUUAGACUAGUGUAAUAAGUAUUUUUUAUUAUGUGCAUUGAAAUUGAUUCUUUAAAAACAAUACAUCUUUAAAUAGCCAUGUUCUAAGAAAGCUUAAAUUUAGUUAAUAAUGUAAAU